UGCAUGCACAUUAUUUGCUUAGCAUAUCUCUCUUUUUUUCUUAGACGAAACAUGAAAGCUAGAUCUCAAUAUCAUAUUCAACCUUGGCACUUCCUUCGUAAGUCCAACAAUGUGAUGUUGUUUGGCUUGUUUAUGGUGGUAGUUUCUUUAGAGGUAACUAAGUCAGGGUAUCUGGUUAAAACGCUUCCAGGUUUUCCUGGUGAUCUUCCUUUCCUAUUUGAAACUGGUUACAUUUCGGUAGGGAAAAAUGAUGACGUACAGUACUUUUACUAUUUCUUUGAGUCGGAAAGGAGCCCGGAAAACGACCCUCUCUUACUUUGGGUCAGAGGAGGGCCUGGUUGUGGUGUUCUCACUUCUAUUCUGCUUCAGAUAGGUCCGAUCACUAUCAACUACAUAAAUUCCAGUUUGGAGAACCAAAUGCUCGAGUUAAGCACUCAUAGUUUGACGAAGGUAGCCAACAUCCUAUUUCUUGAUGAACCUGCUGGAUCUGGAUUCUCAUAUGCAAAAUCCCCCGAAGGUUACAUAACAAACGAUACUUUAACACCAAUACAUAUACACCAAUUUAUAAGGAAGUGGCUUGUGGAUCAUUCUAAAUUUGUCAAAAAUCCCUUAUAUCUUGGUGGUGAUUCCUAUGGUGGCAUAUCAGUACCAAUGACUAUUCAGGAAAUAUAUAACGGUAAUGAAGGUGGAGAAGAACCACACAUCAACUUCAAAGGGUACAUUCUUGGUAAUCCUUUAACAGACAAGCAUGAUUCCUCUAAUGCGAAAAUCGAACAAGUUCAUCGUAUGGCACUCAUAUCGGAUAAAAUAUAUGAGUCUGUUAAACAAAAUUGUCACGGAGAGUACCAAUAUGUAGAUCCAAACAACAAUCGUUGCAUACAGGAUCUUCAAGUGGUACACGAGUGCAUUGAAAGAAUUAGUGUGGACAACAUUUUAUAUCCUUUUUGUGAUCGUUCAAAUACCUCAAAAUCUGAGCACCUCAGAAUAGGCCUAAGAUCUCUUGAUAAGACCUCUAUUUAUAUUUGGUCAUCAGACGAUGUUCAGACACAAUGGCUUUGUAACUACAAGUCUGCAUACAUCGAGGCAUGGGCUAGUAGGAGAGACGUAAAAGAGGCUCUUCAUGUUAGUGAGGAACUUAAUGAAAUUAAAUGGGUGUCAUGCAAUCAGAGCUUGACAUAUGCAGAUGGUUUGCUUGCGAAAGUUAGUUACAAGUUCAAUAUCAUGAGUACCGUUGCUUAUCAUCAAGAAUUUUCUCAUAAAAAUUGUCGUGCUUUGGUAUAUAGUGGAGAUCAUGAUUUGCGUGUUCCACAUUUUUCUACGUUAAAAUGGAUUGAAUCGAUAAAUUUGUUACUCGUGGAGUAUUGGAGACCGUGGUAUGUUGAUGAACAAGUAGCCGGAUAUACAAUGAAAUUCUCAAACCACGACUAUAAAUUAACAUUCGCUACGGUAAAGGGAGGAAGUCACACGAGUCCAGAGAAUAGACCGGAAGAAUGCUUUAAUAUGUUUAUAAGGUGGUUUGAUAGUGUAGACUUGUAAGUAACAAUUAUAGAGUUUGAUGCUUAGUUUUUGUGCACUGGUUUGUAUGUUUAGACUUUCUCAGUAUCAGUUGAUAUUGUAAUGUGUUUAUUUAUAUCAUAAAUAACUUUUGCAAUUAAAUUAA